CGCGCCCUCUAGUGGACGAGAGACGACACUGCGAUUAGCAAGCGUUUAUGGUUGCCAGGCAACAGCAAGCGGAAGCUGCAACAACAGUCUACAGAAGACAACAAGGAGUUAACUUUUAACAUUAGGUGAAAAAUUCUAGAGAAAAAGACAUGGCAACGCCAACUAAGACGAAAGAGAAAGAGCCAGUGGAUAUCGUUCAUCAAAACGCUAUUCAUGUGGAGAGAAUCCGGAAAGAGCAGCAGUGUCAGAAACUUUAUACCGAGUUCACCAUCAAUCCGUAUAAAAAGUUGCACGUUUUACCUGAUAAACCCAUGUCAAGAAAAAUGUAUGAAGAGAUUGAGGAGGACCCUGCUUUCCUGAACAUGAUACGUAAAGCACAUUCAGAACCAACAAAGAAGUACACUCAUCCAAUGACCGAGUCUCAAGAAAUUGGAUGGAUUUCCACUCCUCUGAUUGCUUCAGAUCGAACUGACAGAAGACUGAACUUCCCAAGGCAGAAUUCUGAACUCACCAAAUACAUGGAUGCUGCCUGGCGUCUGAAGGAACAAACUCAAAACCUUAAAUGAAACAAGGAAAUCUUUCUACCUUUUCUCUAACUGCCUUGAUAAAAUGUUUCUUUGGAGUCCUUAACAUGCUGUUUUCACUACAAAUGACUACAUCUCAAUAAAUGAAGUUAAAAUAUC